AACGUCCUCAUCGCCAUUCGAUCUCCGCUCCAUUUCCGAAUACUACUUCCGAAACUUCACGGAAAUCCUCUUCCCUCCUAUUGACACUGACUCAUUCCCCAAUGCGAAAAUGGUAGCGAGGUCACAAUGAUGCCAGAACUAGUAACUCGGUGAAAAACACCGCCGAUCACGGUGCCGAUAACUCCGAUCGGCGACACCCCGCAACAAUCCAUAUCAUAUCGAAUUGAGCACGCGAUCAUAUUCUCUCCCUUAACUUCAAUUACUCUUGCAAUGGCCACGCAACGGUCUUCGCUCGGUCAAAAAGCUGGUUGGCUGUACCACGAGUCUGGAAUCUCAGCUGUGUAUCAUGCUGGUAGAGAUGCCUGGCUACUUAUUCUCUCACGGACAUGUCGCAUGUUUGCGUUCAAGGCUGUUACGCUUACGAUAGCGCAGUUCUUUUCGGAAUUGGGUUUUUCUGAUUUCAGGAUCGGCUUGUUCAUGAGUUUGACGCUGUUAGGUGAUGUUGUGCUCGGUCUGGUUGUAACGCUCAUGGCCGAUGGGCUUGGUCGACGGAGGGUAUUGGUGGCGGGUGGCUUUUUGAUGGCUGUCUCAGGUGCGAUAUUCUCGGUCUUCGAGAACUUUUGGAUUCUUCUAUUCGCUGCUGUCGUCGGCGUCGUCAGUGCGAGCGGAAGCGACUUUGGUCCAUUCCGAGCCAUUGAGGAGUCUAUGCUGUCUCACAUCACGACUCCGAAAACGAGAGCUGAUGUCUUGGCUUGGUACAUCACCAGUUCGAGUCUCGGCGCUGCAGGGGGUGCGGCAUUGGCAGGGAGAUUUGUCGAAAACAUGACCAAACGAGAGGGAUGGAAUCUCGUGAGAGCAUACCACGCGACUUUCUGGGUGUACAUCCUGAUGGGUGCACUGAAUGUCUUGUUCGCGUUUGUCAUGAGUAACAAGACGGAAGCCCAUCACGAUGACUCUUCAGAAGCUUCCGACGAACUAGCUGAAGGACUUCUGCGCGAGUCGAUGGAGGAAGAGGAAGAUGCUCGUAGGAGAAGACAGUCGAUGACAUCAAAUCCUCAUGAGCCAGCGAGUCGCUUUUCAAGCGUUUCUUCCGGUACCAGGUCUGUCAUGUACCGGUUAUGGUUUCUCCUGACCAUCGAUUCUCUGGCCGAUGGAAUGGUUUCGGAAUCUCUGACGACUUACUUCCUCGAUCACAAGUUUUCACCAUCCAAGACUACACUAGGGAACAUCUUCUCAUCAGCCCAGGUCUUGGCAACCGUCUCAACAGUCUUUGCGGGACCUCUGUCUCGUCACCUGGGUCUUAUCAACACCAUGGUGUUCACUCAUCUCCCGUCUUCAAUUUCGGUUCUGUUCUUCCCCUUACCAAGUGGUCUCUUUGUCACAGUCAUACUCCUCUUCAUUCGUAUGGGCCUCAACAACAUGGAUCAAGCACCUAGGGCAGCAUUCAUCGCGGCUGUUGUCAAGCCUGAAGAGCGCACUGCUGUCAUGGGAAUCACCUCGACACUUCGAACUUUGGCUAUGGCUACUGGUCCUUCGUUGACUGGAGGACUUGCUGAAUCUGGAAGAUUUUGGAUUGCCUUUAUGGUUGGCGGCAUCUUGCGAAUCGUGUAUGACUUGGGUCUCUGGUUCAUGUUUGUGAACAUGAGAUUGCAUAGCCAUGAGACUCAUCAUGAGGAGUCAGUGCCAAGAGGGCAGUCUAUUGAUGACGAGGAUGUGGAGAUGUUGCGGCAGUCGAUCGAGAGUGAAAGUUCCCAGGAGCAUCGAAAGUGAUGGGUGAGGUUACGCUGAAGUAAGGCACUAAGCAAACAAACGAAGCAGAAGGUGAUUGUGCAGCGUGAUGCACUCUGACCUCAAGGUGCUGGUUACAUAGAAAUCAAAUACUGAUAUGGAUGCAAGGUUUAGGACAUUUACGAGUAUACGAUAUUAGUCAAGAGACAACAUGUGUGACUUGGGGUUUCUGUCAUUUUUAUAGAAUUGAUUUAUGGUAUAUAAAAGAACAUGGGUAUCCAUAUCGUCGUGAAUCA